GACUAGUCAACGCUACAGCAUUGAAUAAGGAAACUGUAGAGGAUCAUUUGCGUUAAAUUUACAUUUAAAAGGGCGACAUUUUUCUAUUGCAUCGUUAAUAAACUGGAUUAUAGGCAUUUGUGUGAAUGAUCAAAAUGGACCAUGGAGGUAAAGUUUCCAACGGCAACGGAUUUUGGCCAUGCAUCGGAAUAACAGCUUUUAACGCGAGCGGGAUUGCUCGCAAACCACUAGCAAUACCAGCAAACCAGAACCAGCUUAUAAGCUGCGACCUUCAGGGCUCAGUACCGUCCACGCCCGUUUCGGACUGCGAAGAAAUCGAUGACUAUUCAGCCCUGGAGAUGGAUACGCGAGAAAUUAUUGACUGUUUCUUUAAACAAUUUGCUGGACUUUCUCAUUCAAAAUGUGUGAAAAAACAGGUCGUUUCAACGAUGAAGAGGGUCGUGGACAGUUUGGUUUUGAAGCACGAAAUCACUUAUAAUGGUAUGAUUUCUCGUCUAAAUCUGGAUGAGACAGACGACAUGAGCUUCGUCACGACAGUGGCAAAGGAACUCUUCAGCGACGGCAUCACAAACUGGGGUCGUAUUUCCAGCCUGCUGGCGUUUGGGGCAGUUUUGUCUAAGCACCUGAACGACAGAGGGCGAAGUCACUGUGUGAGCUUGGUGGGUGAAAGGAUCUCCUCUUAUCUUCUCACAGACCAAAAAGACUGGUUGCUCAGAAACAAAUCAUGGGAUGGCUUUGUGGAUUUUUUUCAUGUCCCAGAUACAGAAGCAGCGGUGAGAAACACAUUGAUGGCCAUUGGUAGUGUGGCUACUUUUGGAGCUGCACUUGCUUAUUUGAUACGGUGAUACGAGAAAAAACUGAAAAGACUCUAAACCGAUUUACUUUGUACAUUUUUUUUCUUAUGCCCAAAGCAAUCUAGAAGGGCUACUGUAUAUAACAUUAUUGUAAAAUCAUUUUAGAAUAACAAAGGCUAUUUUUUUAUGAAAAUUAAAACUGUGCAGAUUUCCUCUUCUGUCCUCCUGCUGCUGUAUACUUUCAUUAAGAUUUUGUUUGCAGUUUAAAGAAUAACAUGUCAAACUGUUUUGCUUUUCCACACUUCUAAAAACUUUAAUGGCUCUUCGAAUGAAACACUUUACUUUUCAACAUGUCACUUUAUUUUUUCAAAGUUUUUUUCUUGAGAAAUCUGCACAUAACUUAUUUAUAGUUGCGGUGCUGUCAGCUUCAAACUUGAGCUGAUAAUUAAGCCUAGAGAAUCAGGCUUUUAUCUGAAUGUGGUGGCGCUGUUCUGAGUCAUGUCUAGAAAAGAAAAAGAAGACCAAAUGGAUGACAAUGAUUACAGUUACCACAUAUGGCUGCUAAAGCUUUUUUUGGAGCUUGACGUGCUGAACACAGAGUCGAUAAACACAAGUUAAUUUAGCUUACUUGCUGUUUGUUUGUAUUAAUGUGUAUUUGAUAUUUGUCAUUGACAUUAAACCACAAUGUUCAUA